UCCCUAACCCCUAGCCUCACAGGGAUGCUAAACGUACUUAGUAAUUAGUAACUACUAACUCAGCAGCAUUGCCAGCAUGGCCGAGAGAUUAGCCCCGCCUAAGACGUUGUUGGAGCCACCGCGUUCCUUCGGCUUUAGCUUGACACGCGAACAAUGCCGAAGAGGAACCACGAGUUCAACGAAAGGUGGUUACAGAAUAACGUGUCAUCCAACCACCGGCGAUCUUCCCGAUAGGUGCAGCACCGCACAAUCAGUCCGCGCGGGAGCUCGUGCGACGAAGAUUCCUCGAGGCAAUGCGUGUCGUUCACAAGCUCUAACCGAAACAGGGUGGGGAGUUUCUAUUUGUUGCGAUUCGUUGAGUUUCGCACGGACCGUUGCUAACCUCAAAGGGGCUUAUCAGACGUCGACAGACACAGGCGCUGAUCCGAGGUUAUCCUUUGAGCGGACUGGCAGCGCAAAUGCUGCAAAAACUAGGUCGCGAGGCUCUUUCCACAGAUGCCAGGCUGGCAGGGGCGACUCGGCGCGCUUCUCGAGCUUCGAGCUGGAGGAGGAAGGGCGGGAACAAGGGCGGGAAGAUGGCCGGGGGACGGCAACUGGGCGGCAGGCUGGUGGGCGGCCGGGCGUGUCGUCUUCUGCAGUUGGGCGGCAGGGCGGCAACAGUUUCAACGGCGUGUUCCUGCUGCUUCUGCUCAACUUCCUGGCGUUCCUCGCGGAUCACUUGCUAAGGCUACCCGUGUGGUCGUCCCUGUACCUGCACCAUGCGUCUCCACGCUGGUACCAGUUUGUCACCUCUACCUUCUGCCAUGCCGGCUGGAGUCAUCUCUCGAGCAACCUCUUCUUCCUCUACAUAUUCGGUCGCCUAGUGGAGGAGGAGGAGGGCACCCUAGGCCUGUGGGUGACGUACCUGGUGACCGGCGCCGGCUCCAACCUCGUCUCCUGGCUGCUCCUCCCCUCUUCCACCGUCUCUGUCGGCGCCUCUGGUGCCGUCUUCGGUCUCUUUGUCGUCAGCGUGCUCACCAGGCUGCAAUGGAACUGGAGGAGGAUCGUGGAGGUGGUCAUUCUGGGGCAGUUCGUUGUGGAGAAGGUGUUGUCAGAAGCUCGUAACUCAGCCAUAUUCGCAGGGGGAGGCAUGGCAGCAGCAGCAUCAGGGGUGAACCACAUAGCUCACCUGGCGGGUGCGCUGGUAGGGGUGCUCCUCAUAUGGCUCGUGUCUCGACUGCCCGAUGGGAGCAGCAGGGAGGGGAAAACAGCAUGAUUUAGUAUCCACAUGCGCCGUGAGAUGGCGUGAAGCACAGAGUUUGUUAGGGCCUAAGGAGAGGUGGGAGUGCCAGUGCGCUGGUGGGGGUGCUGCUCAUAUGGCUCGUGUCUCGACUGCCCGAUGGGAGCAGCAGGGAGGGGAAAACAGCAUGAUUUAGUAUCCACAUGCGCCGUGAGAUGGCGUGAAGCACAGAGUUUGUUAGGGCCUAAGGAGAGGUGGGAGUGCCAGUGCGCUGGUGGGGGUGCUGCUCAUAUGGCUCGUGUCUUGAUUACCCGAUGGCAGCAGCAGGGAUGAUGGGGACGAGGUGCAAGGCCGUGGUGGCUUGAACCCUCAUUGCACAUAGCUGCACAUCUGGCUUGUAACCCGCUUGCUCUGUCGCUGAUGCUAGUGGUGGGGAUGGUGGGGUGGGGACACAGUGGUCCAAAACUCUUUCUCUGGUCAUGUGGCUCGUGCCUCGGUUGCCUGAGGGCUCUAUGCUGGUUGGAGUAGCAUUGGUGGCGCUAGGGUAGGGUAGGGAGGAGGGCUAGAAGGGCUAUACACACGGAUAGAUAUGUAGGUAGCGAUGUGACCGUGUAUUUUAAGGCUGAUGGUUGAUGAUCAUGGUAAC